CCCGCUCAGCCAAUCACAGCCGCGAGCGCUGCAGCAGCAGAAGAGACCCUCCGCUACUAUUGACCGUCCGCCCUCACUUUCGCACCGGUGUCAACAAACAACAACAACAUCACAGACGCGCCGCCUUGGUUACCGUGUUCUUUAAAAAAAAAACAGAAACCGAACCGCUGACAAACAUAAGCCCUUCAAAUCCCUUUAAAACCCCCACAGCCUCCUUAUCUCUCUUGUUUUGACGUCAGUUUUUGCCUCCUCGGGGGCGCCGUGGCUGUCCCGGGAUACUCCCGUGCUUAGCUGUAGCCCGGAGCGCGGCUAAGCCCCCUUCCGAGGCUAGCCGGGGCUAACUUGUCACAAGGACGGGGACUUUUUUCCCCCCCUCUCACCAGCCAACUCCUGCUGCAAGGUCUUCGCCGCGGGAGAGUCCUCUCCAGGGAAGGAGGAGGUCGGUGCUGCCGGUGGGGGUGGUGGUGGAGGUAUGACUGCGUUGGCGGGGUCAGUGCCCAGGAUGAUGCGACCCACGCUGGCUCAGAACUACCCCCGCAGCGGCUUCCCACUGGAAGUGUCUACCCCGCUGGGCCAAGGCCGAGUCAACCAGCUCGGAGGAGUUUUCAUCAAUGGCAGACCUCUGCCCAACCACAUCCGACACAAGAUCGUGGAGAUGGCCCACCACGGGAUCAGGCCGUGCGUCAUCUCCCGACAGCUCCGGGUCUCCCACGGCUGCGUGUCCAAAAUCCUGUGCCGGUACCAGGAGACGGGCUCUAUCCGACCCGGGGCCAUCGGAGGCAGCAAGCCCAAGCAGGGAACAACGCCGGACGUCGAGAGGAGAAUAGAGGAAUACAAGCGGGAAAACCCGGGUAUGUUUAGCUGGGAGGUUCGGGAUAAAUUACUGAAGGAUGGGAUUUGUGACCGCAACAACGUUCCUUCAGUGAGCUCCAUCAGCCGCAUCAUGAGGACCAAGUUCGGGGGCAAAGGCGACGAAGAGGAAGACGAAGAGGAGAUUGAGAAGAAGGAGCUGGAGGACGGCGAGCGGAGGGCCAAGCACAGCAUUGAGGGCAUCUUAGGGGACAGAUCGAGUCACUCAGACGAAGGCUCGGACGUGGAGUCGGAGCCCGACCUGCCGCUGAAGAGGAAGCAGCGGCGCAGUCGGACCACCUUCACCGCGGAGCAGCUGGAGGAGCUGGAGAGGGCCUUUGAGAGAACCCACUAUCCAGACAUCUACACCAGGGAGGAGCUCGCUCAGAGGGCCAAGCUGACUGAAGCCAGGGUGCAGGUGUGGUUCAGCAACAGGCGGGCGCGGUGGAGGAAGCAAGCCGGAGCCAAUCAGCUGAUGGCGUUCAACCACCUGAUCCCGGGCGGGUUCCCCCCCACAGCCAUGUCCAGCAUCCCGCCCUACCAGCUCUCUGACAGCACCUACUCCCCGUCAUCGAUAGCACAAGUGUCGGAGCCUCCUGGCACGGUGCACCGUCCCCAGCCCCUGCCCCCUUCCUCGGGCCAUCAGGGCUCCGGCGGCGCAGGCCAAGGAGACGGAGCCUCUGCCUACUGCCUCGCCUCCGGACGCCACUCCUUCUCCGGCUACUCCGACGGCUUUGUGAGCUCAGGGGGGCCCACGAAUCCCAUGAACUCGGCGAUAGGAAAUGGGCUCUCUUCACAGGUGAUGGGUCUGCUGAACCCGGGCGGCGUGCCGCACCAGCCCCAAAGCGACUACGCCCUCUCCCCCCUGACGGGCGGCCUCGAGCCGCCCGCCGGCAUGGCCGCCAGCUGCAGCCAGCGCAUGGACCACAUCAAGGGCCUGGAGGGCCUCUCCAGCGUUCCCUCCAUGUCAGCACUGCCCUCCCUGCCCAGCUCCCAGUCUUACUGCACCCCGUCCUACAGCUCCCCGGGCUACACCGUCGACCACGUCGCGUCCUACCAGUACGGCCAGUACGGACAAAGUAAGGUGCCCUUCCUUAUCUGAGGCCCGAGAUCACCUGAUCAGCAGCUUCACGGGCCGACACGUGGGCGUCUGUGUCCGCUGACCCAAAGGCCUUAAUGUUUGGGACCAAGAACUGCUUCCUUGUUAUUAGGACACAUUCCCUGCUGCAGGAGCGUCUGUCUCGGCGGAUUCACAGACACUGAUCUUAAAAAAAACAUAAAAGAAGGGAUGAUAAGACGGAAUAUUAGAGCAAAGACUUUCCUGCAGCUGCCACAAAGAGGCACUUUCCACUGACACCAGCGGUGAUCUCUCUCUCUCUCUCUCUCUCUGUCUCUCU